AUGGAACGAGGACAUUCACACCUGAGAACAUCCAGCUCCUCUCAACAGCCCAACCCACACCAGCCUCAGACACCACCAUGACCGGCUCCUGCUGCGGCUCCACCUUCUCCUCCCUGAGCUACGGGGGAGGCUGCUGCCAGCCCUGCUGCUGCCGCGACCCCUGCUGCUGCCGCCCCGUGACCUGCCAGACCACCGUGUGCCGCCCCGUGACCUGCGUGCCCCGCUGCACGCGCCCCAUCUGCGAGCCCUGCCGCCGCCCGGUGUGCUGCGACCCCUGCUCCCUGCAGGAAGGCUGCUGCCGCCCCAUCACCUGCUGCCCCUCGUCGUGCACGGCUGUGGUGUGCAGGCCCUGCUGCUGGGCCACCACCUGCUGCCAGCCUGUGUCUGUGCAGUCCCCCUGCUGCCGGCCUCCCUGCGGCCAGCCGACCCCUUGCAGCACCACCUGCAGGACCUACUCCUGCUGAGACCCCACCUCUCCCCUCAACGCACGAAACAUUCGCAGGUGCACAGAAGCUUGUGCAGACUCUCCUACCCCUUCUGGAUCAGAUGAGAGGCUCCACCUUUGCAGCCUAGCUGAUCCUCAAGCACGAAUUCAACAAUAACAUCCUAUCUAUUUCCCCACAUAAUUAUGCAGCUAAUCCUGGCCCUCUCUGACAAUCUUGAGAAAAAUUCCAGCUUUCAUCAUUCGAAUUCCUGGCUUGAAAAAAAAAACAAGUAAAUAAAAAUCAAAGCUCCUCUUGAAUAGAACUCUGUCCCACUGACUCAUCACCCUUUUUUCUACUGUUUCAAGGUUCUCAGAUGAGAUUUUUUUCUUCCAGGAUAAUACUAUUUGUAUGCUGUAUUUUUGCACUGUAAAAAAAAAUAAAAUUAUUUUUCUGGGGAAGCAAA